AUGGACCUUGCCUACGACCAUAUCCAAGAGGAGGCGCUUUCACCGGACGAGCCCGUCGAUAAAAAGGAAAAGAAGCCGGAAACGACUCUCAACUCCGACUUCCAAGAGGCAUACAAAGCGAUAUCAUCCAGUCCCUGGGGUGCGAAACUCGGAGGGUUCUUCGGAAGUGUGGUGAAGCAGGGAGAAGUUGUUUACAAAGAGGCUUCAUCCGAGCUAUCUGCUGUCCAGAGUGAAGCAACCAAAGGCUUCACCGAUUUAAAGUCCUCCUUAAUCAGCCGCACAAGAGCCCUCUCGGUUGCGCAAAACCCAGAAACCUCCAGCGAAAGCGCGAAGGAAAAGGACGGAGAAAGGGAUGUGUCAACAGAAGAGACAUUGAAAGAAUCCGAAGGCGUGCUUGCGAGACUGAAGUCAGAAGCUGCGAAACGAUUGAAGGAUAUUCAGCAUGCGGAAGAUGCCGCGGAUGAAGCGCUUUUGAAAUUCGGAACGAACCUAAGGGAUUUCUUGAAAGAUGCUGUGAGCAUUGCACCGCCAACUGAAGAUUCGAGCAAGCAAGGGAGCACAGUCCUGUUUGAAAGCAAAGAUGCUUCAGGAAAGCGGGUGAUUCACACAACACGAUUUGAUGCUCAGCUUCACGUCAUACAUUCCUCCCUGGAAAGCUUCACAAAAGACCCCGUCAGCGACGAAUACGAACCAUGGACGCAGACAUUCGAUGUAGAGAAGAAGACAGAGGAUAUCAGCAAGGAUUUGGAGAACUUUACGGAACUUCGAACAUCUAUGGAGAAAUUGGUACCAGAUACUGUCAAAUACGAAGACUUCUGGAAACGAUAUUACUUCUUGAGACACAGCAUUGAAACUGCCGAAGCACGCAGAAGAGACUUGUUGAAAGGUGCAGCGGCGUCAACCGAGGAAGACAUUGCAUGGGACGAAGAUUCUGAGGAUGAAGCUACUUCUAACAAAGCGGCUUCUAAAGCUAAAGAAGUAGGGAGACCAGCUUCUGCCGGAUCGUCUACGACACUACACCCAUCAACUCAAAUCCCAGAGACAACGCUUUUGAAGCCUGAGGAAGCCAAGCGCAAAUCGCAAGACGAGAAAUCUCAGGCUGAUAGUGAAGGAAGCUAUGAUGUGGUAGGAGCUGCUUCUGGCGCACCAAGCCAUGCACCUAGCAGUCCCAAGGAAUCUCGCAAGGGCGAUGAUAGCGAGGAUGAGGACUGGGAAUAA